CCCCCCCCCCCCCCCGCACCUCCUCCUCGCGCUUGCGGCACCCCCCCAGCCCGCUGCGCGCACAUCAAAGCGCCUCUCCGCCGCGCACAGUGGCCGCGGCUCACUAAUGGGAUUGCAGGCUGGUGCCUGGCUCCGCUGCUGCCGCCGCCGCUGCUCGCGCUGCUGCUGCUGCCGCCGCCCGAGCCCCAGCCCGAGCCCCCGCCAGCCCGAGCCCAGAGCCGCCGCGCCCGGGGGCCGAAGCCGCGGCGAUGAUCCGAAUAUUUCCGGAUUUCAGCGUGCAGGUGACGGCCGCGGCGGCCGGCGGGGCGGCCGCGGGGGUGCCGGCCGGCGCGGGCAUGGGGAGGGCCGGCGCCGCGGCCAACGGCACCCCGCAGAACGUCCAGGGCAUCACCUCCUACCAGCAGCGAAUAACUGCCCAGCAUCCUCUGCCCAACCAAUCAGAAUGUAGGAAAAUCUACAGAUAUGACGGAAUCUACUGUGAAUCUACCUACCAGAAUUUACAAGCAUUGAGAAAGGAGAAGUCCCGGGAUGCUGCCCGUUCCCGCCGGGGAAAAGAAAACUUUGAGUUCUAUGAAUUGGCCAAGUUGUUGCCUCUUCCUGCAGCCAUCACUAGCCAGCUUGACAAGGCUUCCAUCAUUCGACUUACAAUCAGCUACCUGAAAAUGAGGGACUUUGCUAACCAGGGGGACCCUCCAUGGAACUUGCGAAUGGAAGGCCCUCCACCUAACACGUCAGUAAAAGGGAUACAAAUGUGGAAAUCUGAACUCUGCAUGAGAAAGACACCAUGUGAAGUAAUUUAUGGAGAACUACAACAAAAUGUUGAACUACAGCCAGAUAAUGUCAACCGUGCACAACGAAGGAGAAGCCCCAGUGCACUGGCCAUUGAAGUAUUUGAAGCACAUUUGGGAAGUCACAUUUUACAGUCCCUGGAUGGCUUUGUAUUUGCACUAAAUCAAGAAGGAAAAUUUUUGUACAUUUCUGAAACAGUCUCCAUCUACCUAGGCCUCUCACAAGUGGAGCUGACAGGCAGCAGCGUCUUUGACUAUGUCCACCCCGGGGACCACGUGGAGAUGGCAGAGCAGCUGGGCAUGAAGCUCCCGCCUGGGCGGGGUCUCCUCUCACAGGGUACCACUGAAGAUGGAGCCAGCUCAGCAUCUUCCUCCUCCCAGUCGGAGACUCCCGAGCCAGUGGAAUCAACCAGCCCCAGUCUGCUCACCACUGACAACACCCUUGAGCGUUCCUUUUUCAUCCGAAUGAAAUCUACUCUGACCAAACGCGGCGUGCACAUCAAAUCAUCAGGAUAUAAGGUGAUUCACAUAACGGGCCGGCUACGACUGAGGGUGUCACUGUCCCACGGGAGGACCGUCCCCAGCCAAAUCAUGGGUCUCGUGGUUGUGGCUCAUGCCCUGCCUCCCCCUACGAUCAAUGAAGUCAGAAUUGACUGCCAUAUGUUCGUCACUCGAGUAAAUAUGGACCUCAAUAUCAUUUACUGUGAAAAUAGGAUUAGUGAUUAUAUGGAUCUGACCCCCGUAGACAUUGUAGGGAAGAGAUGCUACCACUUCAUCCACGCCGAAGAUGUCGAGGGCAUCAGGCAUAGUCACUUGGACUUGCUGAAUAAGGGCCAGUGUGUGACCAAAUACUACCGCUGGAUGCAGAAGAACGGAGGCUACAUUUGGAUCCAGUCUAGUGCUACCAUAGCUAUUAACGCCAAGAACGCAAAUGAGAAGAAUAUCAUCUGGGUGAACUAUCUUCUGAGCAACCCCGAGUACAAGGACACCCCAAUGGACAUCGCACAGCUCCCCCACCUGCCGGAGAAAACUUCGGAGUCCUCGGAGACCUCCGACUCUGAGUCAGACUCUAAAGACACCUCAGGUAUUACAGAGGACAACGAGAACUCCAAGUCCGACGAGAAGGGGAACCAGUCGGAGAACAGCGAAGAUCCGGAGCCCGACCGUAAGAAGUCAGGCAACACGUGUGACAACGACAUGCACUGCAACGACGACGGCCACAGCUCCAGCAACCCGGACAGCCGCGACAGCGACGACAGCUUCGAGCACUCGGACUUUGAGAACCCCAAGGCGGCCGAGGACGGCGGCGGGGGCGGCUUCGGCGCUCUGGGCCGGAUGCAGAUCAAGGUGGAGCGCGGCUACGUGGAGAGCGAGUCGGACCUGCGGCUGCAGGACUGCGAGUCGCUGUCGUCGGAUAGCGCCAAGGACUCGGACAGCGCGGGCGAGGCGGGCGCGCAGGCCUCCAGCAAGCACCAGAAGCGCAAGAAGCGGCGGAAACGGCAGAAGGGCGGCAGCGCCAGCCGCCGGCGCCUGUCCAGCGCGUCGAGCCCGGGCGGACUGGACGCCGGCCUGGUGGAGCCCCCGAGGCUGCUGUCGUCCCCCAAUAGUGCCUCGGUGCUCAAAAUCAAGACCGAGAUCUCAGAACCCAUCAACUUCGACAACGACAGCAGCAUCUGGAAUUACCCGCCCAACCGGGAGAUCUCCCGGAACGAGUCGCCCUACAGCAUGACCAAGCCCCCCAGCUCUGAGCACUUCCCGUCCCCGCCGGGCGGCGGCGCGGGCGGCGGGGGGCUGCACGUGGCCAUCCCGGACUCGGUCCUCACCCCGCCCGGCGCCGACGGCACCUCCUCCUCCGCCACCGCCACCACCCGCAAGACUCAGUUCGGCACGUCGGCCCCCGCGGCCUUGGCCCCCGUCGCCUCCGACCCGCUGUCGCCCCCGCUGUCGGCGUCCCCGCGGGACAAGCACCCCGGGGGCGGGAGUGGGAACGGGAACGGCGGGGGCGGCCCGGGCGCGGCCAACUCCUUGCUCUACACCGGGGACCUGGAGGCUCUGCAGAGGUUGCAGGCGGGCAACGUCGUGCUGCCGCUGGUGCACAGGGUGACCGGGACCCUGGCGGCCACCAGCACGGCCGCGCAGAGGGUCUACACCACGGGCACCAUCCGCUACGCCCCCGCCGAGGUGACCCUGGCCAUGCAAGGCAACCUGCUGCCCAACGCGCACGCUGUUAACUUCGUGGACGUUAACAGCCCAGGCUUCGGCCUCGACCCCAAGACGCCCAUGGAGAUGCUCUACCACCACGUGCACCGGCUUAACAUGUCGGGACCGUUCGGCGGCGCGGUGAGCGCGGCCGGCCUGACGCAGAUGCCCGCGGGCAACGUGUUCACCACGGCGGAGGGACUCUUCUCCACGCUGCCCUUCCCGGUCUACAGCAACGGCAUCCACGCAGCACAGACUCUGGAGCGCAAGGAGGACUGAGCGGCGCCCCCUGGCGGCCUGGCGGGGGGCUCCGCCCGCCCCCGGAGGCAUCGUCGGCGUUUUCGUUUAGACCUUUGAUUCUAGCACUUUGAAUUCGAACAGGUCAGCAUCUUCUCUUCGCCACGACGGUCCCCGAUCCACCCCCUUUUCUUUCUUUCACUGGACUCAUUCUUUCCUGUAAAGAUAUUUUUUAUUUUUGGGGCCUUCAGAGGGUCAGACGACCAGUUGCCUGCCCUUUUGUCUUCUUCUGAGAUGUGUGUUGGGUUGUUUUGCUCUCUUUUGCAUCUUUAUUGAGAUGUCUUUCAUGUGUAUAUGCCUCUGCCAUAGAAUACUCAGUCUUGUGGUCAAGAGAUUUCUCAAGUGACAACCAUUGGGUGUUCUUCGUAAAGAUCUUGAUAUGAUCAAGAUUGAAAGAGACAAGGAUAAACAAUGUGCCCUGUUUGACUAAGUCAAAUGAAAUGGGGUGGUGUUUUGUUUCUGUUCCUGAUUCCUUUGAAAAUAGGGGGAUAGCAUUUUAGAAUUUUAUGCAGAAUUUAAUUCUCUUUUUAUGGUUAAGAUUUUAAGAUUUUCUUACUUGCACAUAAAAAUAAUUUGGGUUCUUAAGCUUAAUUUCUGGCCUGUGACUAGAAUGUUUAAAAACAAAAAGUUGGACUAAAUGUUAAUUACUGAAACAUUAACUUAAUUUCUAAAACCAUGGUGCUAUCAUUUAUUAAUCUGUAAUGUCUUCAUACAAAAUGCAGCUCCUGGGCUGGGUUUUGGAAAAAACAAACAAAAAGUGUGUUCUGUCCUGGUCUGGAGUCCACUGCUGCAGUCUCCUUGGUUAGUUAAGACAAAGCCCUCAUUAACGUUUGCUGCAGGACUUAAAAUUUACCUCCCAACUAACAAACAUAGCCUCACAUUAAAUUUAAUGGGUCAGGAAAGCCCUUUUUAAAAGGGUUUUUGGAAAACUCAAUCAAACUGACUUGAGGAGCAGUUUAGGUACAUUCUGUCUUUUGUUGAGCUUUGUUUCUUUCCUUUUCUCAGUCUAACUGAGGCUAAUUUUUACAACUUCAAUAACACUUCAGAGUAAAAGAAGGAAAAAAUAUUUAACAUUUUUUUUUUCAUUUCUUGCUUUAAAAAAAGGAAGGUUGUAUUUGUAUUUUGGGGGACUGAUUUGAUGGAUUUUUUUUUCCCCUUUGGUUCUUUCAUAUCUAGGUUGGAACCAAUAAGGUUUAAAACUAAUGAAUGGGUUCAAAUAAGCUUCAAACAGAUAACUGCAACUGAAAACUGCACAUUAAGUUAAAAAAAAAAAAAAGAAAAAAAAGAAAACGGAAAAAAAUAUCCUAUUUUGUCUUCGUUGCCAGAAAUCAGUGUAGUGUCAAACACUCCAAAUGACUGUCAAGUAUAAAUUCUUCUUCCACUCCAUUUUUGGCAGCUGUUUGUUGAGGCAUCUAAUAACAGAUGUGAGAACUGUAACGUGUGCGCUGUGUACGUGUCCUUGGCCGUCAGUCCAUUGCAGUUUCAAUGUGUGUUUCUAUAUGCAGUAUAUACUAAGCUAAUGUAGUUGUUUUGUCCUUUGUCUUCUCUGUGCUCUAUCUCUAGUCUGGAGUGGUACAGUCCCAUUCCUGCAGUCGUAGUGAAUCAGUGAUUCUUGGGGGUUAGUGAUUUUUGUGUGGUGGCCUUCCUCUGUAACGUCACCCUAUGCUGCUUCUACUGUCUGUGACUUCCGUUUCACUCCUUAAAAUUCCUGCUGUUGCUUUACUGGUGUAUAUUCUCCUGACCUCUCCCCUCUCUUUCCCUCUCUCUCGUCUCCCCUUUUCCUGCCUCGUCUCCCCACCACCCCAACUUCUCCCCAACUUCUCUCCUUUUUCAUUCUCAGAGAUAAAAAGACUCUUAACUAGCUCAAGGUUAAUGGAGCCAUUUUUUCCCACAACGGAAUUCUGGGUACGACUCUUUCUUCUGCAGUGCCACGUGACGCGCUGAAGAAUAAUGCUCAGAUGUAUGAAAUAAAUUAAUGCCAUAUAGCCUCAGUUGUUAACAUUCCCAGAGUCCCUUGUGCUCUACCUAUAAGCAGUGGGUGCUUUUCUUUGGUUUCUUUCCAGGUUGGCUGAUGGAGCAAUAUAUAAAGCAAUUUACCAGUGAGACAGAAAAUUAUUUCAAAGGUCAACCAACAUUUUUUAAAAACAAAAGGGGAGGGGGGGAUGGACUAUAGAAUUGUCAUAUAUAUUUGUUUAUGUGUGCAAUGCUAAUAGAGUAACUCGGCUGUCCUUUGAAUAUCACUGUGUUGAGUGGAUUCCUCCUGGCCCUCUGAUUCCAUGAGUUGGGCCCAAACCACUGUGGAAUAGUAACAAAAGAAAAAGAAGUUCAAUGCCACAAAUUUUAAUAGCGAGUGCUUACUUGAAGGAUCUGAGUCGUUUUAGAAGGUGAAGAAGGCCAAUCAUGAAAUUUAAAGAUUAAUUUUGGAAGCUCUACUCUAGCUAUCGAACAAUCAAAGGAACGCACCUAUCAGCUACAAAGAACAGCUAGACAGCUGUUGUUGUUGUUUUUUUUUUUUUUCUUUUAUAAAUGUUUCCGUGUUGUGUCAGAAUGAUUUCUGGUGAUUUAAACUAACAGAUAAUCACAGCUGCUGUCUAAAUCCAUAGUGUUAAAAUUACAAAAUGAAAAAAAAAAAAAAAAAACACUUCAUUACCUGUGAAGACUGUGUCUGUGUUUUUAACUAUUUCUUGUACAAAUAUAUGAAAACUUUUAUGAGGAGACUGGUGCCAAGUAGCUGAAUAAUGGGGAAAGGGAUAUUCUGUUCGUAAAAAUCUUAGCAGUGUUACCAACUCUACAAUAUAUAUAUAAAAAAAUUAAAACGUUACAAAGCGACAGCUAUGGUACAUUUGUUUUGUGUGAAGCUAACCCGGACCUAACUUCCUGAGUGCCUGGCUUAUUUUGAAACAUUUUUUUUCAUUGACCAUUGAUAAUGCUGCAAAUCAGAAAUGUACAUACUUCAUUUACAACAGGGUUCUUUUUAUACUUUUGUAGAUUCUCAUACAUGUCACAUACAUGGUUGUCUUUAUGUAACUUAAUUUUUCAUCCGCAGGUGCCAUUUUCAUAAUAAACUUCUCUUGGAUUUGUUA